AUGCCGCCUAAGGGGAAGGCGAAGCCAGCGGCGCCGGCGGCCGCAGCCGCAGCGCCGGCCGUCCAAGUGGAGGACCUCUUCUCUGCCCUUCACCGCCACAUCCAGGCGUUUGAGUACAAGCAGGCGGCCAAGGUCGCGGAUCAAGGUAUCGCCGGAUGCAGGCCCGGCGGCAGCUGCUCUUCUUCUCCCUCCUCGCCUCGGAUUCCAUCACUUCUCUUCGUAUCACCUUAAUUCUUCCCUCAAUUUUCCAUUUCCUUCUCUAGUGCUGGAGGCGGUACCAGGCGACGAGGAUGCGCUCCGGUGCAAGGUGGUGGCUCUGAUCAAGGCCGAUGCCAUCGACCGUGCGCUAUUGUCUAUUCCGGCGGAUACAACUAAGGGACUCCAGGACCUUGGCUUCUACAAGGUAUGCAAGUGGAGAUCUGUCCGAUGCGUUAUUUUUGCUUUUUGUUCUUGGUGAGAAGGUUCGAUUUAAUUGUCUGGCAAACGUUUGGAGGUCGACCUUAUUUUAAUAGGAAUCUUUUAUAAGAUUCAUUGGCGCAUGCCUCUUUCUAUUUCUUUUGGUCACGCAUGAAGAAUUUGCAAAUAGUUCUUCUUUCUAGAGGAGAUGUAUACAGAUAAAUGCAAUGCUCUGUCUCAUUUCUUUUGUUGAGAAUUAAAACGUGAAAUGGCCUUUUCUGAGUUCAAAACUUUUUGUCCACUCUAUGCUUUUUGUAGACUGAUUCGCUACUCUAUUCAUACACACGGUGCGUAAUUUCUUAUUUGAAGUUGAAUCUAAAACAUUUUUUUAAUCAGAUUAGCCUCCCAUUAAAGGUAAGACCUUUAGCUUCACAAAUAUUGGCAUUUUAUAAUUUUCUUCUUUCAGGUCAUAUUUUUCGAAUUAUUUUACUUCGUUAUAGAAACCUAGCCCUGGUUGGAUCAGUUUGUUUAUAUAAAUUAGUCUCUAAUGCAUGUAUAUAUAAAUAUUCAUAUAGCAAAUCAUACACAAUGGCUUCCUCAAGACAAACUAUAUUACGUCUGAAACGCUAAGGUAGUUGCGCUUGCCUUGUUCUCCUUUUGUGUAAGUCUUCUGCCUUCACCGCCUGAGAAAGAUAUUGCCUUCUAGGAAUGGAGAUGGCUAUUUUUCUGUUGAUACAAAAUAUACUUGCCGAUAUAUUGUGAGGGAUGUUCUUUCCCUUUCUUCGAGAGAAACUGGGAGACAAUCACGUGAUGUAUGAUUUUCCAAUCACUGAAAUAUAAGAAAAAUCGUGAGGGCUAUGACUACUAUUGUAUACAUAUAGUUCUUUCUAAAAAAGGACACGCACAGUGGGUUUCACUUUUUGUUAGUGAAAUAUGCCAUUUCAUCUACUAGACAUGCAAGAAACUUAUUCAUCCUAUCUCCCACAUUUUUAACCGUGAUGUAGUUAAAAUUUGAGAUUACUGAAUAGAUUAUCUGUUAAUAUCCUUCACAUGUCAGUAACGAUGAGAUGAUACUUCAUCCUGAUCAGGGGUUGAAUGUCGGUAUUCUUGAUUUUCAUUUUGAGCGGUUUGUUGACCACAACUUAUAAUGCGGUUUGUUGUUUUGCUAUGUUGACUACACUACCUUCUUAGGAUUAAGUUUUGAGCCCAGAGUCUUCUUCAACAGGAAUUAGGCAUCCUUCUAAAUCCUUGGCAUGUCUGUUUAAGCUGCACUCGCUCAUCAAGGUUGGUUUCUGAGGAUUACACCUUGGUGCUUGAAAAUACAAACUCAAUUUAUAAUUUUUUAUCUGAUUCGAUUCAGAUAAGUAUAAGCUAGAAGAGAGGCAGUUGAAGAUCCACAAUAUUUGGUCGAAGCUCUUUUUCAAAACUCAAUAUAAGAAUCAUUAGUUCAGAUUAUGAAAAGCUCCGCACUCAAACUUUAUCCUGAGUUGUGUUCAUCUAACUUGAUCUUCACAUUUUUUUGAAAAUUUCGUAAGCUGUAGAAGCAGUUCAUCUCUGCCUGCCUUCUGUUAGCAUGGAUCAUUCUUUAAGGAAACCUUUGUGGCCUGAUGCCUGUUUUUGAAUUUUACCUGAUAUGAGAUAGCGUGUUGUUUUAAAUUUCCGUUAAACAGAACAGCUCCUAUUUUAUUCACUUUUGGUUUCAUGGCCGUGUCUGGAAGAUUGAAAAUUAAUAGAGCAGUUCAAAAUCUCAAAAACCGAGCAUGGCACAAAAUGGCAGGGACCCAUGAGCUUACUAAAUGAGGGCAACCAUGGAUUUACAUCCAUCAUCAAAAGCAUUUCACGACUACUAUAUGCUAAUUCGAGUCUGCCUCCCUCGCCUUUUUCUUUAAGCGAUGAAGUGCUCUCCUAUUUUCAAGGCAUUUUAAGCUUGAUUUUGCUGAACUAGUUUCUGUGAUUUGCCUUUUUGGCCUCUGAGCACUGUCCUAAAUCUAUACUGUGAACAAGGAUCUUCCCUCUCAUUCUCUGUUGCUGGUUCUAGGCUUACUGCCUGUACAGGCAGAACAAGCUACAUGAAGCUCUGGAGUGUUUAGAAGCUCAGGAGAAGAAUUCUAUGCAUCUCCAAUUAGAAUCACAGAUCCUCUACCGGUUGGGGAGAAUGGACGUUUGUGUGGAGAGCUAUGAGAAGCUUCGUAAGUUCAAGAUCGACUCUUUGGAUCUAAAGACAAACAUAAUAGCCGCUUUAAUUUCGGCUGGAAGGGCCUCUGAAGUACAAAAAAUGAUGGACGCGCUCAAGGUUAAACCAUCCGGCAGCUUCGAGAUUGCAUAUAACUUUGCAUGCUCCUUGAUUGAAAAGAAGCAAUAUUCAGAUGCUGAACAGAUGUUGCUUUCGGCCCGAAGGUAACUAACUGCUCCUCUGGAUUAAUUGGCGACAUGGAGACAGUUUUGAGCCCUUCAUUUAGCCUAGAACAGUUCUGACACUUGAAUAAUUUUUUAUUCUUGAUAAGCUAUAUGUGCAUUGAUUUAUUUCUGUGUCAUAGAGAAAAUUCCGAGAGAAAUAAUCUAAAUUUAUGUGUAUAUUUCUAAAGUGGGCUGCUCUUGUUAGAAUUGGUCAAGAGACGCUAAUGGAGGACGAUUUCAUGGAUGAUGAGAUAGAGAACGAACUUGCUCCUAUAGCCGUCCAGCUUGCUUAUGUUCAGCAGGUGAAUGUUCUCUCUAGUUGCUCUCCAAAACUGAAAAAAGAUGAUGAUAAUCUCUGAUGCUGAAGUACCUUUUGUCUUUCUUUUCUUCUUUUUUUUCAGUUACAGGGGCAUCCUGAGGAAGCCCUUCAGGUCUACUCAGAUAUAGUAAACAAGGUAGCCGAUGCUUCAUCGAUUGCAGUGGCUACGAACAACCUUAUCGCAUUAAAGGGCACCAAGGAGGUCUCGGACAGCCUGAGAAAGCUCGAUCAAUUGGUGAAGAAAGAUGACACCAAACGCCAUUUCCAGCUUGCUAACGGUCUUGAGUUCAAGCUCUUUGCUCGGCAAAAGGAAGCUAUUUACUCGAAUCGGGUGCUUCUGCUUCUGCAGGCUAACAAGUUGGAUCAGGUUUGGUUGCUUCUUCUUCUGCAAGCUAGUUAGAUUCUGGAGUUCCAGUCGUUUAAUGCUGCAGAAUUCACUUCCUUUUCUUCAUCCCUUUUUUUCCCCCCACGAUAUAUAUCACUUGCAAUCUUUACCUAUCUAUAGUCUGGAAUUCACCCCAUAUUCAUGUGUGUUUCUUCUUACAGGCUCAGGAGCUGGUAUCUUUUCUAUCGUCGACCUUCCCCGAGUGCAUCUCGCCGGUGCUGCUGCAGGCCGCGGUCUUCGUCAGAGGGAAGAACAUCCUAAAGGCGGAGGAGGUCCUCGGGCAGUUCGCCGACCGGCUCCCGGAAAAGGCCCAGCACGCCCUCCUCGCUCGAGCCCAAAUAGCCGCCGCCGCCGGCCACGCCAAGCUCGCGGCGGAGUCCCUGGCUAGGAUCCCUGGCAUACAGCACAUGCCCGCCACCGUCGCCACCAUCGUCGCCCUCCGGGAGCGCGCCGGUGACCUCGUCGGUGCUGCCGCGGCGCUGGAUUCGGCCGUUGAGUGGUGGCGGAACGCCAUGACGGAGGAGGGCGGUGGCGCUGCCACUGCCCUGGCGGUGCUCACCCACGAGGCCGCAUCCUACAAGCUCGGCCACGGGCGGGAGGAGGAGGCGGCGAGGCUCUACGAGGAGCUGUUCACGAGCCAGGGCGGCGGCGACGAGGCGCUGGCGGGGCUGGUGAAGACGGUGGCCCGCACUGACACCGGGAAGGCGGAGGCCUAUGAGAAGCGUCUGAGGCCACUGCCGGGGCUGAAGGGGAUCGACGUGGAGAGCCUAGAGAAGACCUCCGGGGCAAAGCUGGUGGACGGCACCGCCGUGCCGAGGGGGACAAAGGCGGUGGAGGAGGCCGCCGGAGGAGGAGCUGUGAAGGAUCGGAGCAGGAAGAAGAAGAGGAAGAGGAAGCCUAGGUACCCAAAGGGCUUCGACCCGGCAAACCCCGGCCCGCAGCCAGACCCCGAGAGGUGGCUCCCGAGGAGGGAGAGGUCCACCUAUCGCCCCAAGAGGAAGGACAAACGCCACCAGGUGAGGGGCUCCCAGGGAGCCGUCGUGAGAGAGAAGAACGAAGCCGCCGCGGCCGCCGGCGUCAAUCCCACUGGUGGCUCCGGCGCCAAACCAGGUCAUGGUGGAGUGAGCGCUGGCAAGGGCGGCGGCGCCUCCGCGGCCAGCUCUGAGCCGGCGAGGACCUCGGGGAAGGGGAGGAAGAAGUCUAGGUCUUAA